AGUACACAAUUCUGUCACUAAGGAAAGGCAGAUAGGCUUUUGCUGAUCAGAUGUUGUUGCUAAUCAUGUUUCAUCGCAAUGCCCCACACAUAAAACCCAAGUGAGUUUGACUUCAGGAAAUACUAACAUAUGCCUUCAUGGCUUAAAACAAGGACAGUGUAAGUCUGGUCAGGAAAUAAAAUCAAGUUAUGGCAGCGUAUUUCUUCUCUUCUCCCACCUUCUAAACUGAAGGAAUGGCCUCAAAUGGAAAUUCUAAGAACAAAUACUAUUUGUCAUACAGGUCGGUGUGACCCACUGAGAAUUCUCGUGACCAAGCCUCUCUUCUGAUACAGUUGACUUCUCUGGACACUGCCUAGUUUGAAGAUUUCAAAAGGCCUGAUGAGUUUGUGCUUAAAUGAAGUCACAUAGUGUGGAUAUGUCAGAAGAAUUGGUGCCAGCCCCUGGGGACACAGGCAGAAGUCCAGCCACACUGCAAGUGACAUAACAUAAUGACAAGUGACAUAACAAUUGACGCCAGGCCCUGGGACACCGGCAGAAGACCAUCCACACUGCAAGUGCAGAAAGCAGGUAACUGUCCUGAGUUGUUUCACUCCACGUCCAACCCUCCAAGUUCUCAAACUUCCCAAGAAAGACGUGGUGGAGGCAACCAGCAACGUCUCAGCUGCUCUACAAAGAACUCCAAAGGAUCAAAUAGAGAUGACAAGUACUCAAUUUGAUUGUCAAUACUGCACGGUAUCCCUUCUUGGGAAGAAGUAUGUGCUCAAGGAUGAUCAUCUAUACUGCGUCUCCUGCUAUGAUCAGAUCUUUUCUAACUAUUGUGAGCAGUGCAAAGAACCAAUUGAAUCAGACUCUAAGGAUCUUUGUUACAAAAACCGUCAUUGGCAUGAAGAAUGCUUCAAGUGCACCAAAUGUCAUGAGUCUUUGGUGGAAAAGCCUUUUGUUGCCAAGGAUGAGCGCCUGCUGUGCACAGACUGCUAUUCUAACGAGUGUUCCUCCAAGUGCUUCCACUGCAAGAGAACCAUCAUGCCAGGUUCUCGGAAAAUGGAAUUUAAGGGCAACUACUGGCAUGAAACCUGCUUUGUGUGUGAGCACUGCCGACAGCCAAUAGGAACCAAGCCCCUGAUCUCAAAAGAGAGUGGCAAUUAUUGUGUGCCGUGUUUCGAGAAGGAGUUUGCUCAAUACUGCAACUUCUGUAAGAAGGUGAUAACUUCUGGUGGGAUAACCUUCCGAGACCAGUUAUGGCACAAAGAAUGCUUUCUGUGCAGCGGCUGCAGGAAAGAGCUUUGUGAGGAGGCGUUUAUGUCCAGGGAUGAUUUCCCAUUCUGCUUGGAUUGCUACAACCAUCUUUAUGCCAAAAAGUGUGCAGCCUGCACCAAACCCAUCACUGGUCUCAGAGGUGCGAAGUUCAUCUGCUUUCAAGACCGCCAGUGGCACAGUGAAUGCUUCAACUGUGGGAAGUGCUCCGUCUCCCUGGUGGGUGAAGGAUUCUUGACUCAGAACACGGAAAUCUUCUGCCGCAAGUGUGGUUCCGGGACAGACGUUGACAUGUAGAAAGAGACAGCCUUUUCCCACCUGAAAUCCGCUUUGCCUUUGCUCUCACUAAAUUGGGAACUCCGUGGCAAUAA